UGAAUAAUAGUCUACCGUGUGCCUCCAAACUGAAACUGCAAGUGCAACGCUAUGGGGAGAGGAAAAGGAGGGAAGAAGAGUCGCACUCAAAGAAAGCAUUUCCAAGAGAGCAGAGAAAAUGUAUGGAACUCCAAACGUCCUAGAUCAGAUUCAGAUCCUAUUCCUUUCUCUAACCCCUUCGCUACUCAGAACCUCGCUUUCGAUCACUAUUACAAGGAUCAGGGAAUCGUAUCAUCGCAAGAAUGGGACGCAUUCGUGCAACUUCUCCGAACUCCUUUGCCCGCAGCUUUCAGGAUCAAUUCCACUAGCCGGUUCUGUGCGGAUAUUCGGUCUCAACUAGAGAAUGAUUUUGUGCACUCUCUUCAAGCUGAGGUUGCGGAAGGGGAUGAUACAGAGGCUAUUUUACCUUUGCCAUGGUAUCCUGAUAAUCUUGCUUGGCAUUCGAAUUUUUCGCGUAAGCAGCUCAGGAAGAACCAAACACUCGGGAGGUUUCAUGAAUUCUUAAAGAUAGAAAAUGAAAUUGGAAAUAUUACAAGACAGGAAGCUGUCAGCAUGGUACCUCCCCUGUUUUUGGAUGUACAUUCAAAUCAUUUUGUACUUGAUAUGUGUGCAGCGCCAGGUUCAAAAACAUUUCAAUUGCUUGAGAUUUUACAUCAUUCAACUAAAGUAGGAUCUCUGCCCGAUGGAAUGGUUAUAGCAAAUGAUCUAGAUAUCCAAAGAUGCAAUCUUCUCAUUCACCAAACCAAACGGAUGUGCACAUCCAACCUGAUUGUCACCAAUCAUGAAGCUCAACACUUCCCAGGAUGUCUCUUAGAAAAACAUUAUGAUAAAAUAGAGCUAGAUCAAGAAGCCCAGUUAUUAUUUGAUCGUGUUCUGUGUGAUGUCCCAUGCAGUGGAGAUGGCACCCUUCGUAAGGCCCCUGAUCUGUGGAGGAAAUGGAACACAGGGACUGGAAAUGGCCUUCAUAACCUACAAGUUCUAAUUGCAAUGCGAGGUGUAUCUUUACUUAAAGUUGGUGGAAGGAUGAUUUAUUCAACAUGCUCAAUGAAUCCUAUUGAGAAUGAAGCGGUUGUUGCAGAGGUUUUGCGAAGGUGUGGAGGAUCCAUCGAACUUGUAGAUGUCUCUAGUGAACUUCCCCAACUCACUCGUCGACCAGGUCUUAAGAGAUGGAAGGUAUGUGACAAAGGCAAGUGGUUCAUCUCCAGCAAAGAUGUUCCCAAGUUUCGUAGAAAUGUAGUUCUUCCCAGCAUGUUUCCAAAUGGCAGAAGCUAUCAGGAUGUUGGUGAUAGUAAUUGUAAUAUCAUCAUGGAAGGUGAUAUUAAUACUGAUAAGGGACAUAUCGAAGAUGAUACCCAAGCGAUGGAGAAUCCUGCUAUGCUCGAAUUUACUGAGGAAGAUUCUGAUUUCCCACUAGAGCGGUGCAUGAGGUUUGUGCCUCAUGAUCAGAAUACUGGAGCCUUCUUUAUUGCUGUUCUGCAGAAAGUUUCUGCUCUUCCUGCAAUCCAGGUAAAACCUAGAAAAGAAGUUGGGAAACAGGUUGACACAGCAAACCAAGGCAAUGAGGAUGCACACGAACUGCAUGCUAAUCCAUUGGAAAAUAUAUCUGAAGGAAUUUCAGAGGCUAAUGUAAAUGAAAAUGAACCUAAUGAAACAGAUUUGAAGGUUAAUUCUGUUGCAUGUGAAGAAGCGGAUUUCAAGGAAGCCCAAGAACCCUGCAGUAUAGAAAUCAUAACAAAGAAUACUCCAGGCAAAAGGAAACUGCAGUUUCAAGGAAAAUGGAGAGGCAUUGACCCUGUUGUCUUCUUCAAAGAUGAAGGAGUUAUUAACAGCAUAAAGGCAUUUUAUGGCAUUGAUGAUCAAUUUCCAUUUAAUGGUCACCUUGUAACAAGAAACAGUGAUACAAGUCACGUGAAAAGAAUUUACUAUAUAUCCAAGCCAGUCAAAGAUGUUCUGGAGUUGAACUUCUCAGUGGGGCAGCAACUUAAAAUAACUUCUGUUGGUCUGAAGGUUUUUGAAAGACAAACUUCAUGUGAAGGAAGGUCUGCACAAUGUUCUUUCCGGAUCACUUCUGAAGGAUUGCCCCUUAUUCUCCCUCACAUUUCCAAACAGAUUCUAAGUGCAUCUGUAAUAGAUUUCAAGCAUCUUCUGCAGUAUAGAGCUGUAAAAUUUGCAGAUUUUGUGGAUGCCAAGUUCGGAGAACGUGCUGCAAACCUAAUGCCCGGCUGUUGCGUGAUAGUUCUGGGUGAAGGUAGCAGAGCUGCUGCAGGGACCCUCAAAGUGGAUGAGUCAACUGUAGCCAUUGGAUGCUGGAAGGGUAGAGCAAGUUUGACUGUCAUGGUUGGUGCAUUGGAAUGCCAAGAACUGCUCCAACGGCUUUUAAUGCGUCUAGAUGCACAAACAGAAAAGGACUCCUCCAUGCAUGAGGACCAACCGUCUGGUACCAAGGGAGAUGAAGCACAAGUGGCAAACGGUAAAAAUGAAGAUAUUUAAUAUUUUUCACUGAUUACUUGGAGUAGUCAAUCUAGGUUUUUACUAAUUUAUUCACAGCUCCUAUCCUUUUAGUCAAGUUUCCCACCUAACUUAAGUCUCAUCCCUCUUACAAAAAAGCAUUUUGCAGAAAUUAGGGCCGUGGUCCACCCAUGUAUGUUAUGAAUUUAUUUUCUAUCCGUUUUGUUUUCGUCGUGUUAUUUAUAGCCAAGUUAGCACACAGACUUUGCUCAAAUUUGUAUCAAUAGCUUUUAGUGACUUCACCAGGAUUUUAUACUUGACAGAAGCGUCCAUUUUAC